AUAGAGAAAAUAAAGACAAGAUUUAAAAAUAAAGCCAUUAGGGAAGAAGAAUGAAGAUACAAUUUCCAAAGUUAGUGGUAGGAAGAUAAAACGCCCGAAAAAAGUUGAGACGACAUCUUCGGAGGAAGAGCAUAGGCAAACAAAGAAAGCAAAACCUGACCGAGAAAAAAUGAAAGCCGAAAUAUUACGUUUAUGACAAUUUGUCGAAAAUAUGAAAGAAAGUGAAGAAGAAAAAGAAACAGAAAAUGAAAAAAGAGUCCAUUCGUCGUCGGAGGAAGAAACUAAAGAUUAUCUUUCGUCGGAAGAGGAAGAAAGUACAGGAGAAAUAGAAGACAAACAUUCGUCGGAGGAACACUUUCCUUCCAAGGAGUUAGGUGAAGAAAAUUAUAAUCCCCCGACGGCAGUUCUGUCUCCAAAGAAAAUACAAGAAAACCAAACAUUUUCUGAUCUACCAUUCAGUAAUAAAAAUAUUACAAAAGAAAGAAACGCUUAUCCAAGUGAGAGCAAAUGUAUAGAAUGCAACUGUACAGAAAUCUUGGAAAGAUUGAAGAAUUUCGAAGAUAAUACUGUAAAAUGUCUGAAGAAGGUGAUGAAAUCAAAUAAAGAAUUAGUUAAAAUGGUUAAGCAAUUGAAAGAUAAUAAAGUGGAAGUUGCACGUACAUUUUAUCAAGCGGAGGGCUUUCCAUUACAGACAAUUGAACAAUUUCAUGAGUUCGAAAAUGAUAAUUCAAAGAAUAACCAAUAUGAUAAAUUAUACCAUCAUUUGCGCGGUAUGGGUGCUGCUAAAUUACGCGAUUUUGUACACAUGUGCUUCAAAGAGUCAAUGAAAGACGAGCUUGUGUGCAAAUUUACAUGGCCUGAUGAUUCCGGGACCGAAAAAUUUGGUGAUACCAAACUCGUCAAAAUAAUGUAUGAUGCAGCACAGAGCUGCCCCCUUUUUGAGGGACCAUUAAACAAAACUGUAUUUAAAGCAGAGGUCCAAGAAGUUUUAAGGGCAGUAAAACAGCGCGUAAAAGUCGAAAAAAUAAAAAUAAAAAUAAAGCUAGCAAUGGAAAAAAAGCAGCGAAGAAGACAAUGAUUGAUGUGAAACACCAAACAAUCAAAAUUAAAAAUUAAAUUAUAUAAAUCUUUACAACUCACAGUUUCUUUGUAACAGUUGAUAUUCGAAAUCUACUUAUAAUCGUUUGUAAUAAUUUACAUUUAAUAUU